AUGAUUGAUUUCCAGGCCCUCCGUUCCUACCUCCCACCAGGCACCAAACUCCUCCAGCGGAGUCAGGGGACUGAAUUGGCCGCUUCGAUCCUGGUUCUGAUCAAGCGCGUUCCCCUGACCGAGGAGGAGAUCCAGAAGCUGGCGAAGAGAAAGAAGGACUUCAGCGUUCUCGACAAGACAAGUUUAUCUCGUACGAGCCUGUUGACGGAUCCUCCGCAUCUCAUAAACCGCAGCUGCGAUCCCAACGCGGAGCUUCAGGUCAUGGGAGAAAAAUGUGUUGGUAAGGUUGUUAACCGCCACUAUCACGCCGAGGGCGAGGAGAUGACCAUUAGCUACGGCGACGAGUUCUGGGGGAACAAAAACCAAGACUGCCUGUACGAGCCUUGCAAGAAGAAGAAGCUGGUAGAACCUGAGAAGCAGACAACAGCGGCCCGCGUAGAGGAUCGUGUCUUGAAGGGGCAUUCUGAGCGCUGGUGCCGCUGCGACGGCGAAGCGGAACUUUGGCGACUUAGAGCGCCUUCUCGAGGGAACCGGCCAAGGUCUUCCAAGAAAGAGGAGGAAGACAAUGCCCGUCCAGACUUCCAACGCCGAACCUCCAAGCCCCUUGGGAGACAGUCUUCCGGAGCCAGGCAUCAACUCUCCAGGGAAAAGAAGAUGGAAAAGCCCACCCGGGCGUCCGGGGUCCACCCUCCUAAAUUCUCAUUAAAACUUCAUUUUCCAGCGCACAGCCUUGGUCCUUCGCCGAAGAAGAGGAAGGCAAAUCCGGUCCAGGCACCCGGUGGCAACGCUUCGCUCUCACUACAGAUCCACCUACCGGCGCAGAGCCUUCGUCCUUCGCCGAAGAGGAGGAAGGUCAUAAUACCCGACCAGCCUUCCGAAAGCAGAACUGUGGAGGUCUGGGAGAAGCCCGAAACUUCCACCCAUGGGCAAUUUUGCCCCACCGCAAGUCGGGAAAUUCGCUCCACCAAAGAAAACGAUUACAGCAGCACCACUGAGCACGAAGCCAGCAGCGCCAGUGAGCAUAGAGACAGUAGCACCACAGCGUAG